AAAUAAUCGUUCGUCACUUAAAAUUGAGAGUAAAUAAACCACUGCUACUAGCAUCAAUAGUCACUGAAAAAUCGACUGCUCGAGAAACGAUGACUUUCUGAAGUAAAGAGGAAUACUGUAAUUCCAUUCCAACCACACACACGGAUGCAAAAUGCACGUCACAGAUGAAUCGGAACGACCAAUGAAUAUGAAAAUAAAAAUUGAAGCAGAAAAUGACAAUACCAUCCCCAUUGUUUACGUUACUCCAGAGGAAUUGGACGAAACUUCAGAGAGAAAGGUCAGACUCAUCGAUCCACCGAGAACUAUUAUCACAACAGAAGCAGAUUUCAAUUUGAAUGGCUACGUUUUCGAAUCGGAUAUUACAGUUGAAGAAGACGUUAAAUAUCUCAACGUACGCUCAUCGAACUAUGAAUGCAAUAACCAGCAAGUUUCAGCGAUCAAUGAAUUACAACAAUUGGGUGACGACGACGGCAGAUGCCGAAAGAGAGCUUCGGUCAGAUUGAAGAGAUUAUCCAACGUGAUGAUUGACAAAUAUAUCAAAAUGUCGAAGAGUGUACGACAUGCAUCGAAAGGACGAAUAUUUGAAUGCGACAUUUGUGGUCAUAAGACUCCAGCAAAAAGUAACUUAAAAAAUCAUAUGACCACCCAUAUAGCGAAAAAAUUCGGUUGUCCUGAUUGCGCAAAGAAAUUUUCAACCGUAACAUCCAUGAAAAAUCACCAGAGGCUACAUGGUCUGAAAAAUUUCAAAUGUGAACUUUGUUCGAAAACUUUCUGGCAAAAGUGUUCUCUCAAUUAUCACCUGAAAAAGCACAUCGGGGACAAGAAAUUCGAAUGCGAAUUUUGUCCCAUGAAAUUUAUUCUUGCGUAUCAACUGGAGUGCCAUCGCCGAAAGCAUACUGGCUCACGACCAUACACAUGUUCAAAAUGCGGGAAUUCUUUCGGGACAUAUGGCACCUUGCAAGAACACCUGCGGAUACAUAGCGACGAGCGACGGUUUAUUUGUGACUAUGCUAAAUGUUCAAAAUCAUUUAAGAACAGAGGAGGUUUAAUGCGACACCGACGCAGACAUAGAGCCGAUAAAAACACCGUUGCAUGCACAGAGUGCCCGAAGAAAUUUUUCUGCAGAAAUGGCUUACAAAUGCACCAGAGAAUUCACAGGGGAGAGAGGCCGUUUGUCUGUAAAUUUUGUUCAAAAGCUUUUACUGCAAAAACUGUACUCAAGAAUCAUGUACGUAUGCACACGAAAGAGAAACCGUACGCCUGCACCCAAUGUCCUGGCACAUUUUCCCGUUUAUCCACAUUGAUUGAUCAUCGCAGGGUACACAGUGACGACCGGCCUCACGUUUGUGAUGUGUGUCAAAAGGCAUUCAAAUCGAAAACUCUUUUAAGAGCGCACCGACUCACCCACGGUGAAAAGCAAUAUUCAUGCGAUCGCUGUUCCACAAAGUUUCGCGCGAAGAUAUCUUGGGUCAAUCAUCAGCGAACAGGCACCGGUCAAGAACAAUUCAAAUGCAAAUACUGUGACGAAAGAAGCGCAUGGGCUUGCGUUCAUAAGGAACAUAUAAAAACUCAUGCGAAUGAAAAACGUGUCGGCUGUGCCGUUUGUCCAAAGAUGUUUGUGUCGAUUUCGUUGCGGAAUAAACAUAGCAAAACACAUUUGGAUGAGAGUCAGAGACAAUAUGCCUGCAGCUUCUGUUCAAAGAAAUUCAUCACAUCAACAUCGCUAAUUAGACACAAGACUACGCACACCGGUGGAAAGGCGGUAAAGUGUGAACAUUGUUCGAAAACAUUUGUGCAUCAAGACAGUUACCGGAAACAUAUGAGGAAAAUACAUUUCGUUCGCUCAGUGGGUAAGGCGAACAAAUCUCCGCAGACACCCACUGAAUUCGAAUGUUACAUUUGUCGGUUCAAGUGUGCAGCUAAAAUUCGGCGAUUGAGAGCCCAUUUCGAAAAUCAUAAGCAAUGAAGCUAGUAGUUAAGAGAAGUCGCCAAAUUAGAUCCGUCACUUCGCGAUAUAAGGAUUGACUCUGAAGAUUGAAAUUGUCGGAUUCGAUUGGGUGGAUUUAUAACGGAUGUAAACAUCUUAUGCAAUGAAUAAAAUAAUCGGAAAAAUCAGA